AUUGGAAAAGCACUCUGCGACUCACGUAGUUGUAUUUUUCAUUCAUUCUUUCUCUCUCAAGAAACCAUAACAGAGAAUCAUCAUUCAAGAAACGAAAAUGGAAGAGUUGUUGUUAAAACAGAGAAAGGAGGAAGAGACAGACAAAGUACGUGGAGUCUUAACAUGGGGUGUUUUCGGUCAGGAAAUGAACCGACUUGGCCGAUUGGCUGCACCAUUGGUAGCCGUGACUCUAUCACAGUUCCUCUUGCAAGUGAUAUCCCUAAUGAUGGUUGGACAUCUAGGUUCUCUAUCUCUUUCUAGCACCGCCAUAGCCACCUCCCUCGCCAGCGUCACUGGUUUCAGCCUCCUCUUAGGUCUGGCUAGUGCACUGGAAACACUUUGUGGGCAGGCUUAUGGAGCAAAGCAAUACUACAAACUCGGAACUCAAACCUACACAGCCAUAUUCUGCCUCAUCAUUGCUUGUAUCCCUCUUUCUUUAUUGUGGCUAUAUAUGGGAGAUUUACUCAUUUUUAUUGGCCAAGACAGAUUGAUUUCUCAGGAGGCUGGCAAAUUUAUAACAUGGCUUAUUCCAUCCCUCUUUGCUAGUUCUAUACUUCAACCACUUUUCCGAUAUUUUCAAAUGCAAAGCUUGACAAUACCCAUGUUCUUAAGCACAUGUUUUACUCUUCUUCUCCACAUUCCCCUCUGCUGGUUGUUAGUAUUUAAAUCUGGACUGCAUAAUCUGGGAGCUGCACUAGCAAUGGACAUUUCCUAUUGGUUGAAUGCCAUCUUCCUUUUAGUGUACAUGAGGUUUUCUUCUGCUUGUGCCAAAACGCGUGUCCCCUUAUCCAUGGAUGUUUUACGUGGAGUUGGAGAAUUCUUUCGCUUUGCGAUUCCUUCCUCCAUUAUGAUCUGUUUGGAGUGGUGGUCAUUUGAACUAGUUAUACUGCUGUCUGGGCUUUUGCCAAAUCCCCAGCUCGAAACUUCAGUUCUUUCUGUUUGUCUCAAUACCAUUUCAACGCUCUAUUCUAUACCCUAUGGGCUUGGUUCUGCUGCCAGCACUAGGGUUUCAAAUGAAUUAGGAGCGGGGAACCCGCAAGGAGCUCGAACAGCUGUAUUUGCAGUGGUUCUCUUCGCAAUAGGGGAGGCUAGCAUAGCAUCUGCAGUGCUCUUCAGCACUCGAUACGUUUUUGGCUACAUGUUUAGCAAUGAGAAAGAAGUGGUGUCUUAUGUUACAUCUAUGGCUCCUCUGAUUUGCUUAUCUGUUGUAAUAGACAGCAUACAAGGAGUUCUUUCAGGUGUCGCUAGAGGAUGCGGAUGGCAGCACAUUGGGGCUUAUGUAAACUUGGGAGCAUUUUACCUUUUGGGGAUUCCUUUAGCUGCUACAUUGGGUUUCUGGGGGCAAAUGAGAGGAAGGGGGCUAUGGAUUGGCAUACAAGCUGGAGCUUUUGCACAGUCGGUUAUGUUUUUUACAAUAACUAGUUGCACAAACUGGGAAAGACAGGCAACAAAAGCGAGAGAGAGGGUACUUGGUGGAAUAUCACCAGAAGAAGAGAAUGGAAUUGUUGUAUAAAUGCCAUAUGUCCAAGCCAACGUGAAAUCUUCAUUUGAUGGAGUAUUCUUGUUUUCGCGCUUCUUCGAUAUUGAGCAAUUUUGGGAUAUUAUUUAGAUUUUCUCUUCUAAGGUUCCAAUCAAGUUUCUAUCUGAUAAAUAGAGGAAAUGUAUUUGUAACUGUGUUUGUACUCUAUGUUCAAAUAUCUAAUGACUAAUUUUUGGUUUAUCAAGAUAAUUUGUUGAAAAUUUUGAACUAUUGCA